GCGCGCCUAGUGCCCCCGGAUCGUCCAAAGACGCGCUGCGCGACUACACGACUACUCGACUGCUCGCCACCACCCACGAGCCACCUAAUUCUCUCCGACGCUCUAUUCGCACAGUGACGAGACGACGCACGCGAGUGGGGAGACGAUAAGUCCCAUCAAGAUAUGGUGCCGCGAAUCUCUCUUUCGUUUCGUUUCGUUGACACAAGUGAAGAAAAGUGAAACUCCUACAUCCGAUCGGGAGUAAUAAAAGUGUACCCAUACAAAGUACAACAUACGGAAAUCCCGCGGUCAUGUGCGGGCCGCAAUUGAAAUCGGUUCGGAGCAGUGCUCGGAACAAAUAGUAGCGGCGCGUCUCGAUCGAAGUAUUAUCGUACAGCUGCUCCAGGAGCAACGACGUCUCGCGCAGCGCAUUACGAGUCUAAAUAGCGAGAGCAGCUCCGCGAGAGGAGCCGACGCAGCUCGGCAUGGAGCUGAUCCGUCGUCCACUAGGCGGCGGCAGCAUAAAAAGCUCCAAGCUCCAGCUACUGCUCGUACUUCUCCUCACUGCUUCCGGCUCGUCGGCGGAUAUCGACGUGUCGCUGAGGAUACCCGCGGCGGUGGCCGAAAACUCCACCGUCAAGAUGACCUGCGAUUACAAUCUCAACAACAUGCCGCUGUACUCGGUCAAGUGGUACAAGGGCAACAAGGAGUUUUACAGGUUCAUCCCGAAGGAGCUGCCGCCCAAAUCUGUUUUUCCACCGCUCGGUCCAAAAGUCGACUAUAAUCAAAGCGACGACCAUCACGUGAUACUGAGGAGCGUCGAGACUAAUUUGGCCGGGAGGUAUCGCUGCGAGGUGUCGACCGACUCGCCGAGCUUCAUAACCCGAGUCGAGACGGGCUACAUGCACGUCGUCAAGAUGCCGCAGCGCAACAUGACGCUGCGAAUGGAGAAGAAGACGUACUCGCCCGGAGACACGAUUCGCGGCAACUGCACCGCGCCUCCUGCCAACCCAGCGGCCAACAUCACCUGGACCAUCAACGAUCGCCGGGUGAACUCGAGUAGCAUAAGGAACAUAGGAAAGAACGACAAUCGCACGCUCGUCCAAGCCGGCCUGGAGCUCGAGCUACGUCCUGAAAUUCUCAGCCGCGGCAGAUCGCUGCGCAUCACCUGUCGUGCCAACAUCUUCCACCUCUACGACGACAAGAUCAGCGUCGUGCUGGAGGAGGAGCACCCGAAGCUCGCCACCGUGCUCGGCACUCGGGACACCACUCACAAUCUUUUUUACAUGUUUUAUUCAGGCUCGACGACGAGCGCCCGAUCGAGCUUGCUGGCCCUGCUGCUCACGACAAUACUGACGCUCGCCGCCGCUACGAGAUAACAUCCAUGGGCCGACACCCUGGACUCUUGCGUCCUCUAAGACACCUACACCCUGCGAGGACACACAUGCUUAUCUGGCCAAUCAAAAGCUGAGCGAGCGACAAACAGGACGAGAGAUCGAGGCGAAGCACCUAUACAUAAAUACACGCGUACAUGUAUAUUAUAUAGAAAAAAAAUGGAGCAGGGAGCGAAGGGAGGAAACCGAUUCGAUCAUUCCCAAGAGUUAUUUCUGUAAAUAGAAGAUGAAAAUUAACAAAAUUAACAAAUAAAAAAUUACUAUAAUUUAGAAACAAAAUAAC